AUGACGUUUGACAAUAUCAGCGUUAUCAAAACCGCUAAUAUCUUUGAGGGUGGUAAGUGUGUUUCUCACACUGUUAUUUUUGCUGACGGAUCAAAAAAAACGCUAGGUGUCAUGUUUCCGGGGAGCUUACAUUUUGAUAUUGGUAGCCCUGAAGUGAUGGAACUGAUCAAAGGGGUUUGUCGAGUCAGAAUUAACGGUGGAGAAUGGCAGAAUAUGCAAGGCGGUCAAUCUUUUACUGUCCCAGAGAAUGGUAAUUUUGACAUGGAUAUUCAAGAGACUAUCCACUAUGUUUGUCACUUUGGCUAA